AUGUUUUUGUGGUUUGUACUAUUGAGAGGUUAUAUGAAAUUAUCUAAGUAUUUAUAGGUAAAGUUCCUAAAAAAACAUAAAAUAUAUAGCUAGCUGCUGCUGCUGCUGCUGAAAUCAUAUAAAUAUUGGAUAUUAAAAAUGUAUGGAAAAUAAAUUAAUAAAAAUAGUGUAUAUAAUCUUAAUAAGAAUUAGUUUAAAAUAAAACAAAAUUUUUUUGAAUCCGUCUUCGAAUUGCAAACAAAAAAGAUAAAAAACAUAAUUCAAAAUUUUUUGAUAGCAAGGAAACAAACAAACAAAUAAGCAAAAAACAAGAUCUAACAAAAUAAUCAUUCACUUUAGAUAAAUAGGUUCAAACAGAAGCAAUUAUUUGUAAUAAAAUAAAUAAAUAACAAAAAAUUCAAUUAAAUCAAAAAAAACAAUAAUUAAAUAAAUUAACAAAAACCCAUUCUACGAUAAUUAAUUAUGGGAAGUUCUUGCGUCACUGGUAAAGCUAAAAACUAUAAAUCCAAGCCUGAUAAUGCUCCUAAGAAAGAAGGACAUGUUGAAAAUCCUGAGGAGUUCAAAAAGUAAGCUGAUUUGAUCACUUACUAACAUAAAUUCCCCACAAUUAGACCUCUUUUAAAUAACGAUUUGUAUAAAAGCAGGUUAUCUUAGAAUAGGAAAAAUACUUUAGAAUAUAUUGAUUAACUCUAAUAAGCUCAAGUCUAAAAGAAGAUAUCUUCUUAAAAAACAUCAUCUCUUUCAUAAGUAUCUAUGAAUUUUUAGGCCACCAGAGUAGUCAUAUGA